CGAGAAUGUGACGUUCGGGUCAGACUAGCUACUAGGUAGACAGACUGAAGUCGGUUUGUGAUCUAAGUACAAUAAGUUAUCGUAGACUUAAGCGUUGCGACCAUGGAAAACUUCUUAUCGCAGCCCGCAGUCUGGACGCCGCAGAGAAGCUCACAGGACACGGUUGCAAGUACAUCUAUAAGAUACCAACAAUGGACCGAGAGCAGGCGCAUCGUCUCCUUCAGAACCGGCUUGGCACACAGCCACAGACGAGCAAGUCUGCAAAAGAGGGCUCGAGCUCGAGCUCGUCGACGCUCUAGACUGCAUACCACUGGCCAUCUCCCAGGCCGCCGCCUACAUCCAUCGCCGGCGCAUCACCGUCGAAUUCUACCUCAAACAGUUUUACCAGAGCCAGAUUGCAGGAAGAAUCUUUUACAGACCAGCAAGGGCGACCAUGGGCGGUACGACGGCGUGUCGAACUCUGUUCUUAUCACCUGGCAGGUGACGUUUGCACAACUCCAAAAGGAAUCUGCCACAGCCACAAAUCUACUGGCGCUGAUGAGCCAGUUCCAGCCGCAGAACAUUCCCGAGCGCAUGCUGCAUGGCUAUAGUCGCGUCCAUCAAUUGACAGGCCAGGGCCAGGGCGACGACUCGUCUGCCCCAGACGACGCGGAAAGUAAAGCAAUCCAUAGGGAAGACGACCUGGAUAUGCUCUACGGUCACUCACUUGUUUCCCCGGUUGCCGCCGGGCUUUACCAGAUGCACUCUCUCGUGCAGUUCUGUACACGCGCAUGGGUCGCGACGUUGGGAGAGCAGCAUCGCUGGAGCAGUCUCUUCUUGCAACUAGCGGCCGAACACUUUCCCCUGACAAACCCUGAAACCGAGAGCGACUGUCAACAGCUACUGCCUCAUGUCGAAAACUUGGCGGCUCACGAGGUAGCAACAGCACCCGAUCUGAGUAACCAGAGGCAGAGAGUCUUGCAGAACAAGAAUCCUAACUUACCAGCCUAUACCAGUUUCCUAGCAGCUGCACAUCACCAACAAGAUCGAUUCAAAGAGGGUGGGAAGCUCAUGGUAGAAGAAAUUAUGCUGUACACGGGGACGUAUGGAGCCCAUCAUCCCCUCACACUAAGUACCAAGUCUAGUCUACCAAUGUCAUACUUGGUACAGGGUCAACUCGAAGACGCCAAGUGGCUGGCGAUGGAAGUACUGCAGGAUUGUCGGGCGAAGCUCGGGGCUGAACACCCCGAGACACUAGCUAGUAUGGGUCGACUGGCGCUCGUCUACUUGUAUUUGUUUCGACUUGAAGAGACCGAGAGUCUAGGGAAUGAAGUGCUGCAGGUUUAUCGGGCCGAGCACGGGCUCAACCAUUCCUACACGCUGUCGAUCAUAGAUCAGGUAGCGUUAACGUGUUGGAAACAGGAUCAAUUAGAAGACGCCGAGGAAUUACAGGUUCCGGUAAUUCAGGGUUUCCAGGCGAUGUUUGGCUUCGACCACUGCGAUACGCUUUCGUCCAUGUGCCAUCUCGCUUGCACAUAG